GCACACCAACAUUUGAACAUGUAGAUGUAAAGUGCUGAUUCAUUUUCACUGCAGAUAUUUAUGGUCAUUGCAUUAUACAACUUGAAAUAUGUUGCCGAUAUUAAUUUGAUUCUGGAGCAUGUAUAAGAUUUGUCCCUCCUUAGAUAAAGAAGCAUCUUGUACACACAAAUAUUUUAGGAGUGAGGCUUUAAGAUGACUGUCCUAGUUAAACUCCUAUGAGGAUGUAAGGAUGCUAAGAAUAAAGCUCUCUAUGAGGUCAGUCAGUAGCCUGUACAUUGUGCAGCUAACUUCCUGGACUAUCAGUGCUGAGACUGAUCCUGGAACAGGAUCUCAGUGCAGCGACAGAGCUGUAGGAUGAUACAGCAGAAAAACAGCAGCCGUAUUCACGCUCACAUCAGAGAUGCAGUGAAGAGAGAGAGAGAGAGAGAGGCAGAGAGGGAACAGAAGGGAAGGAGCUGAAUGAAGACACACAUCACUGCCAGUGCUUUUGCUAUUCGAAUGUUGUUUAUCUUUUUUCUUCUUUAAUUAAUCAGCGAGUGCUCUUUCCUCUCCUCUCCGGUUUGCCAAGGCUUUCAAUUUGCUGAGAGUUUAGCACAAGAACAGUCUGGGUGAUAAUACAUUAUAUAUAUCCCUGAAGCAAGAUUGGAAAAAGGAAUUAUUUACAUUAUUGCAUCAGAUUGCACUAAUCGGAUGUACAAUGCCAUCGUCUUUCACUCCCACUCUGAGGUAGGAAUGUUAAUGAAUAUAAGCAGGAGGUUAUGAUUCGGAUGGCUGGGAUUUGUUGAAGUGUUUCAACCAGGAAUUGGUGUAAAGCCAAACCCAGGACAUCUCUGAGGCAACCUGAAUACCGGGGUCGCCAGGUUCGAGGCAGUGUUCGCACGGGGAGCAUGAGGGAGACUCAGCCUGAUGGGAGAAGCAGUAAAUUACACAACACUCCACCAAACACGCCCAUCAGUAGGGGCAGCCUGCCUUCUGACAGGUAUGAGAGAUCAGAUAAAAGGAUGAUGCCAUCUAGAUUCCAAAAGGAAGUGCACACCCACCUGUCUAGGAACCCUCAACAGAGCCCUGCAUUUCCAGUUCCUUCAAACCUUAAUGAAAGCAACCCUCCAUCAAUAACACGAACACAGACAAGUCUCUACAGUCCCAAACUGGUGCAGUCCCGCCUCAAAGAGGUUCUAAGCAAGCACAGCAAUGGCUUCUGGGUAUCGAAACUUCCACAAUUAUACCAGGAACUAUACAAGCAAGAGCUGCCCAGUGAAGCUUUGAAAGAUCUGGAACAGUGGACCCAUAUUUGCACAGUUGAGAAAUCAUGCAGUAGCAAGUCUCAGGAGCUGCUGUUGUACCCUGCCAAGGAUGUUGGCCAAGCCUCUAACACAUAUUGCCUUGAAAUGAUGCACACAAGAGGGAAGCGGUUUCCAUCACCUCCAAAGCCCCAGAAAGUGUCCAGAAGACCUAAAAAUAACUCAGCAAGCCCACCUGCAUCCCCCAAGACUUUACCCGAGGAUAUCAAACAAAAUCUAGCAGAGCUGCUUCUUAAGUACAGCAGUGGAUUAUGGGCUCAUGCCCUCCCAAAACUCUACCACGAUACCCACAAGACCAAUCUGCCUGAGUAUGUACUUGACAACCUACUCUUGCUCUCAGAUAUAUGCACCAUUGACUAUCCUGUGCCAGAGAAUCCCAAAAGGGCAAUUUUGUAUGUGAAGGAAUUACAAGAUGAAAACUGUAAUCAGACAGACUUGAAAGACCUGAAGGCCAGCGAGGAGGCAGGGAGGCAUCUCAGUUCUCAGUCUGUACCUCCUCUGCUCAUUCCUAAGGAGGAGUACCCCUCAGUACUGGUGGUCGAGGCAAGCAGCACUAACAAUGUAGUUCUCAGAUAUAUAGGUGAGGGAUAUUCCAAGGCCCAGGAAAAGCUGGAGGAUGAUAUGAAGGAAUUCUAUAGACAGGAUAACACCAGGAAGCCACUGAUCUCACCAACAUCAGGCCAGCUAACUGCAGUCAUUGCUGAAGAAGAGGACGAAAUCCUCCGAGCACAAGUGUGUGAAGUCAAGUCUGAAAAAGUCAAGGUUUAUUAUGUGGAUCAUGGCUUUUCUGAUGUCGUUAGUAAAAGCAAGCUGCUUGAAUUGCAUGAGAAAUAUUUCAAACUGCCUUUCCAAGCUACCAAAUGUAAAUUGGCUGGCCUUGAAGCCUUUGCUCUGGAGCCAGCAGUGCUAAAAAAAUUUGACUCCAUGGCAAGUGGUAAAAUCCUACUGGCUGAGAUCCUAGAACGAGAAGACAUUCCGUUGAUGGUGUUAUAUGACACGUCACAGGAAAAUGACAUUAAUAUCAACGCUUCCUGUCUGAAAGCUCUGCAAGAGAAGUCUUUAGAGAGCCCUCUGCAGACAAAUAGUACCUACAAGAAUGUGAGUGUGACCAGUGUGUGUUCAGAUGGAACAUUUUACUGCCAGCUGCCCUCUCGUGGAUUGACAAAACUCAGUGAAAUCCUGGAGAAGUCAGAACAUCAUUUCCAUAACCAGGUCACAUCAGAGUCACUGGUGUCUAGACCUUUCUGUGGAAAAAGCUGUCUGGCUCGAUACAAAGGCAAAUGGUCUCGAGUUGAGAUAACUAACCUGCAUGGCAGCCGGGUGUUGGACAUCCUGUUUGUGGAUAUGGGGGUGCAGGCAUCUGUCGAAGUCACUGAGCUGAGAGAAAUCCCGCAGCCUUUCUUACAUGACCUUAUCGCAAUCCCACCCCAGGUAGUGAAGUGUUGUUUGGCAAACUUGCCUGUCAGUGUGGGCUGCUGGACUCCAGAUGCAGUGCAGUGGUUAAGAGACACGGCUCUCCAUUGCAAUGACUGCAGCUUGAAGAUUGUUAAAGUGGAGGAGAGCAAGCGCCUGGCCCAUGUCUAUCUGUUUACUACUAAGAGCUUCCAUGACCCUAGCCACAGCCUGAACCACCAGCUUGCCAACUCGGACCUCUGGAAGAACCAGGACGAUGUCUUCCUGAGCAGCCAGGGGUCUCUGAAGAGCCCUACUAGAACAACAUCACCAGAUACACCCCACAAAGCCCCCACUACUACCCCUAGACCAUCUACUGCCACUUCUAGUCCAAGCACCAACAGAACAGGAAAGCCUUCCCACCCACCUAAAGGGUUGGCACCUCAUUUAGGUUCCUGUAGCACCCUGUCUGGAAGUCUGACUCUGCCACCUGUUCUUGAUCUCCCUCAGAUUGGACAGAACAUGGACAUUUAUGUGUCAGUUGCAUGCCAUCCAGGCCAUUUUGUGCUCCAGCCAUGGCAGGAUAUGUACAAGCUGGUUAACCUAAUGGAAGAAAUGAUUCUGUACUACAGCAAGACAGAUGAGAAGCAAGUCACAGUGGAAAAGAACCAGGUGUAUGCAGCCAAAGUGGAAAACAAUUGGCAUCGAGUGCUAGUGAAAGGAGUUCUGAGCAACGGACUAGUGUCUGUUUAUGAGCUAGACUACGGUAGGCAUGAGCUGGUUAGCUGCACCAUGCUGAGGCCCCUCAUGCAGGAGUUCAGGCAGCUCCCGUUCCAGGGCAUCACUGCUCAACUGGCAGGAGUGAGGUCCAAGCAGUGGUCUGAAGAAGCUUCCAUUGUAUUCAGGAACCACGUGGAGAAAAAAGCUAUGGUGGCACAGGUGGAAUCUGUGCAGGAGGCAGAAAAGCCAUGGGACCGCAAGCUCACUGUCUACCUGGUGGAUACGUCUCAAGAGGACAGUGACAUCUGGGUCCACGACCUCAUGGCUGAAUUUACAGAGGAGCUCACCAAAGCCGCGUAACGGCUGGGGUGUAUGUGGUCUUGGAAGAAUUUUGUGAGUGUGGAUUCCUGGGUUCUUUCUGGAAAAUGCUGCUUGUAUUUGACUUUGAACCAGAAAUGGGAGAUGCAUUUAGGUUUUAGGGUUUAUUCCAUUAAAAUGUUACUAAAUUAUGUCGAACAUAGCUGCAAAGUGAUUGAUACAAUUUGGGUUGCAAAAUUCUGGGAAUUUUCAAGGCUGGAAACUUUCCAUGGGAAUUAACGGGAAUAUAUUGAAAUAAACUGGGAAUUUAAAAAAAAUGCAGAGUUGCCUAUAACAAGGAACUUAAAUGUAGUUAAAAAAAUCUUG